CUCCACUUUUAAACACACACCAACUUGCCUUAAACUGAAAAAGGAGUUUCAACCUCAAUUUCUCUCUCUGCUCCAGCCUGGAAACGGUACCGUCUAGAGUUCCCGGAAUGACUAAGGUAUACCCAAACAUAGCUGCCGCAUCUACGCCCGUGGUGGAGAAGCUUAAAUCUUCGUCAUUAGAUACGGCGGAUGCGAUUGUGCUGACCGUUUGGAAGAAGUCUUUGCUUUUCAACUGCAACGGCUUUACGGUUUAUGAUGGCUCUGGUAAUCUCGUUUUUAGAGUCGAUAAUUACAUGGCCGGCUCCGGUGCUAAUGGUGAGAUUGUUCUCAUGGACGCUGACGGCAAGCCUCUCCUCACCAUCCGCCGCAAGAGGCUGAGCCUAGGGGAUAACUGGCUGGUUUACGAUGGAGAAACCGCGGUAAAUCCGCUUUUCUCCGUGAGGAAGCACGUGAAAAUUCUAAACACGAAGAGUUUGGCUCACGUGAGCGGCAACAGCAGCAGCGGUAGUACUAGUAAUAGCAAGAAUAUUGUGUAUGAAAUAGAAGGAUCGUACUCACAAAGGAGCUGCGCGGUGUAUGAUGACAAACACAGGAGAGUGGCGGAGAUCAAACAAAAAGAGGCCGUAGGCGGUGUAGCCUUCGGUGUCGACGUUUUCCGCCUUAUCAUAGGGCCAAAAAUGGAUACGUCAGUUGCUAUGGCAAUUGUCAUCCUGCUUGACCAGAUGUUUGGUUCUUCUAGACGCUUCCAUACCUAAUCACUUAAAAUGAAAAUUUUCGUGUUAUAUACAUAUUAAACGAACUAGUCAACUAUCAGUUGCAGGCUUGCUGCACCCUACAGCCACUGCUCCCGCCUCCACCACCGACGAUGGCAAAUCCCCGUUUUUUUUUUUUUCAUAUAUAUAUACAUAUAUAUAUACACCUUUUUUUGAAACCUUUUAGGGUCACUUUAGAGCUUGGUUUUUUCCUUUUAAAUAAAAAGCCAAGCUUCAAUGGGAGUUGUAUAUAUGAUUCGAGAACAAAAACAAAUACUCCCUUUUCCUCUUCUUCUUUUAAUUCACUUUGAAGGUGUUUCUUUUUCUUUUUUUUCUUUCUAAGGCUGGGGUCUGGUGUACAAGUGUGGUGAUUACUUUCAAUGAAAUGGUAAUUUCUCUUUGUAGAAAAUUCAGAACAAAUAAAUGAAAGUUGAAUAGCCAAAUAAAGCUUGGUUAUUAUUAUAACAA